AUGCAGGUAAAAGCGAUAAUUGCAUAUUCUACUUGUGUUCUUAUUUACUUUGUCUGUCUAUCUGGAUUUAUCUACGAUCUCAUCACACGUGCAACAGUUAUUGGAUUCGACCUCAGAAAAAAUAGAGUAGAGUAUGUUCAUCGAGGUCAUAGAGAACAAUACGGAGGUGAAGGUAUUGUAAUGAGCUUUUUAAUAUGUCUCUGCGGCUGUGCAUUAGUAGGAAUUAACAAUUUAAGAAAAUUGCCUCCUUGAAUCGUUAGAAUAGGUGGACUGUUUUGCUUGAUGAUACUAGUUUUUUCAUACAGAAAAGUAAUUGAAGUUUACAGAAUUAAAAUGCCUUGGUAUGGGCCUGGGUUUUAUCCGCCUUCACAUUAUGUCAAAGGCCCUUUAAUUAAUGACCAAGGCUACUCUAUAUAA